AUGGACAAUAAGAUCAAGAAUGGCCCAGUGAGUGAAUGGAUUGUCCCCUUUUUCAAGGCCAUGGUCAUGGAUUUAUCGCCACAGAUUGUCAACUUCGGCUUAUACUCUUUAGUGAAAAUGGACCGAAUUACUACUGAAUUUUAUAUUUUUACUAUGUCCUCUUUUGUUAUGUACUAUAAGACCAACUGGGCACAGGAAGACAUCCAACUAGACGAAAGAAGGAAGGUUUGA